GCGGGAGUUCAUCCUCGUUAUCUUCCAUGAUGUCCAAGAGUUCGUCCUCCCACGAGUUCAUGGUAAGGAGUGGUAGUGGUGGAGCUCUGUUGAGCAGUACUCCAGACGUACCACAGGAAGACCAGGCUGAAGAAGGAGAGGAAGAGGAUCAAGAAGGUCCACAAUCAUCUUCGGACGUUGAGAUGUUGAGGUCUACUGUCCGCCGAAGCCACUCAGCCAAGACGUCUCCCGUACUCGAAGCAGCGAAGUCUCCCGUACUCCAAGCAGCGAAGUCUCCCGUACUGCAAGCAGCGCAAAUUCCAUCGCUUGGCUUGCUACAAAUGUGGAGGGAAGAGAACCGUUAUAAGUAUGUAAAAGCACGAGUCGACAAUCUAGCGCAAAUCAAUGAAUAUCACGAGGAGGAAAUUGGGAGUGGACGUCUUGAUGAACAAACUACUGGUGGAAUCUUAGGCGGUGCUGGUAGUGCUGCAUCAAGAACAUCAACUACUAGUCCUACUAGUAGUACAUCACCACUGUUGACACCAUCCUUGUUGAGCGGACCAAGACCAACCAGUAGAAUGGCGCUUCCACAUCCACCUAGAUCUACAACUGCUUCCCGCUCUACAAUUUUACUCGGAAAAAUGGGAGCCGCGGUGUGGCACCGACUUUUAAAGGACGUGAAUAGCAUCCGCGUUGUAGUGAAACACAACUUUUUCGAGAGUUAUUUGGAUCGCUCGGUAGAACUCCGCGUCAUCUUGUGCGAAGACCGGACGCGGCCUGCGAGACAGCUACUAAAGGACGCCUUACAUGAAACAAAUGACCAUCUUUUUGAGUCUAGAGGCGAGUAUGCUAGGAGUCUAAGAGAACAGGUUCAGCGUACUGCGCAACAAGCAAAGUUUGACUACUGCGUUACUAUGUCUUUCCAGUUCGCUGAGAAUAGGACGAGGAGAGGACAAGCCGAUGAGGAGGAUGAUCAUGAAGCACUUCUAGAAGAAGGAGAGCACGAGGAUCAACAUGAAGUGUUGAGGCGUCGAGAGGAUGGAAGUGAAACUGCAUCAUCUCCUGAAGAUGACCGUACCCUCAUCGCUGAGCGUCCAUUCAUACUUCGUUCGAUUGUCAUCAGAGCCCGAGCUGGUUAUUGGGGUGACGCCUACGGUGACCCGGCUGAGGAGGAAGGAAGUUUAGAGGACGUACGAGAUCAGGACACUGUUGGGUUGAUCAAUUUUCGGCAUGGUGGUCGUACCAGUUCCCCUUUCGGUCACCACGCAAAGGAUAUACCUAGAAUCAACAUCGCAAAAUUGGGUAUCUUCGCCAUGAAGGCGCCAACUCUACUGCGUGACUUGUUUCCAAGCAUGAUGAGCAGCAUGCGGCGCGUGCAUCCGGUGAUUUUUGGUGAUAGAAUCAGGACACGACGACCCAUGUUGAACAUGAUCGUCCCCCAACAACAAGAAGGAGGAGGUCAAGAAGAUUCGAAUUCGUAUCGAGGAGCAUUACUGAUGCGUGAUGAAGAACAAGAGGAUCCCGCUCCCGCGACUGCGAGAACCUGUGGUGGUUCAUCUUCAUCAUCCUUGCCCUGCACGAAAACUGUGCUCCAGGAUUUCAAAUUGUUUGCAAAACGCUGUCCAGAGCUGGCCAUGGUGCACGGGAUCGGCAUUCCCAGCAUCUUUGCCGCAUGUUGUGCGACACUUGCCUAUAAGUUAUGCUCCCCACUUGUUUAUGUUUGCAGUACUAUAACUUAGAAGUACUUGCGAUUUUUCCAUUGAUAGUAUUUACUAUAAGUUUUCCAUUAUAGUUGUAGACUUAUAGUUGUAGACUAUACUAGUUUCUUCUUCCUUUUCAUCAGAUCAUGUCAUUACAGCCAGGGGACUACUUUCGUAACACAUUUCAUAUCUUUUUCGGAGCACAAUCAUUCAAGAUGCAAGAAAUGAGAAUAUGACAUGAAGACUCUUGAUGUUCCUAGUAUGUUCGCUCAGCGGAAAGUCUCCAGUAGGGUACUGGGCCGCUUAUGAGGGGAAAAAGCGCCACUCGCAACCGGGAGGGUGCGUGGCUUUCUUGCUACUACUUCUAAUCAAAGUCGCGUCCGGUUCCUGCUGUACCACCAUAGAUGACUCGGCGCUAGCUGCAAUGACAGGCAUCAUUGGAUGUCCGGUUGCUACGUGUUUCGGACUAAAAGCGCUCCAUGAAGAGUUUCUGCACUGUGUGAACGGAGUACGACCUCUUGGGAAUCAACGUGGUCCUGGUGGUCAGGAUGAGGAUGAUGGUCCUGGUGUUCAUCAACGUCAUGAGGCUGAUGAUGAGGCUGCUCCCCUGGAGGUGCCGGAGAAUCAACAUGCUCCUGCAGCUCUCGUACGAGUACCUUUAGGAGGAGGAGGACGAGGAGGAGCUGAUGAAGAGGAAAACCAAGGCCCGGAUCUAGUCGCGGAACCCCAAGGUCCGGAGCCUUUGCCGCAUCAAGAAGAGGGAGCACACGGACAUGCACCGGAAGCUCUGGAAGACGAUGAACCACCGCCAUUGGAAUUGAUCCAAGAAGUGCGGCAUUGAAAUCCUCUGCAACACGAUGAAGGAAGAAGAGGUUGAAGGUGCUAUGUGAGGACCGCAUGUGCUGUAGGAUCAUGUCUUUAGAGAAUCGGAUUUCAUCAGCUGAGAGUAUGAGAAUUCAAAAUUCUUUUUAAGAAUCUGGUAUCCAAGAAAUACAUCGCUUACGACGUUAUUGCAAUUAGUGGGAUACCAUGUCUCAUCUCUAGGUCAUGGUACAUUCAACCGUAUUUCUACGGUUCUAACUAUGCAUUUGCCUAAUAGCACUAAAUCCUAAACUUUUGUUUGUCGUAUCAGACCAAAUGAAAUAUUAUGAGACUGAAUGUUAUGAUGUUUUUGGAGUUUUUUCCACUCUUGAAGUGCAUAUCAGUGAGCUCUAGAAGAUGUAAGUUUCAUAGAUUUUUUUUCCUAGGUAGUUUCUUUUCUGCCGUUGCAUUUUUGGAAAAAUCAAGCUCAUUCGUAUUUUUUCAGGCAAUAUAGUUCGUCUCUUGAGGUGGUUGUGUGAGAGUUCAUGCUAAAAGAUGUUCUAUCAAUCUAUUGGUCUCAUUUAUUCUCCUCGCUCUGGUGGUCUAGCACUAUUCAUCGUGCAGGUGAUCUGAAUGACCUACUUCUCAGAAGUCUGGUCUAUUUUGGAAUUGGAACUUUACAGUCCUCAGGUCGUUUGUCGUCCUUUUCUGGGACCGACAAUCCGCUCAGUACGGAAUAGUUUUCGCUGGUGCUUGUUCGCUUGUCCAUUAGUGU